CAGCGCCCCCCGGAGCUCCCCGACGUCGCGGCCAUGAAGCCCCAGGGUUGGCAGGGGCCGGAGGGCCAGGGCAGUGGGGUCCGGCCUUACACCCCCGGCUUCGACGACUCCUCCCGCACCCCUAAGGACCCGAGGGCCGGGACCGGGACCGGGGCCAGGACCGGAGCGGGGACUGGGAGCGGCUGGUUCCAGGAGCAGGAGGCCUCCCGGCUGACCCGCCUGCCCCACUUCCACUUCAAGGAAGCCCUGGCCCGGAACCGGCUGCUGGCCGAGCGGCUCGGCCCCAGCUCCUACCAGCUGAAGGAUUUUCUGGAGCUGCGCCAGCAGCGUCCCGGUAGCACUCGCGGCCUCCUGGACUCCAGGGAGCCGAGGUUCCGGGCCUUCGUCGGGAACGACUACCCGGGGCCCGGGAGUUACGGGAAGGGCGGGAACCCGUACGCCGAGCUGGAGGAGAAGGCUCGGUGCUCACCCCCGACCCGAGGAAUCAUGUCCAGCAAAACCGGGUCGUCCCGGUCAGCCUUGCUUCUGGGCAGCGGCCUGGGUCCCGGGACCUACAGCUUCCAGAGCAGCAUCGACACACUCCUGAGCCGCACGGUCAGCACGCGGGGACCCUACGACCUCUUCUCUGGAGAACGAUCCAAGCCGAUUUCCUACGGCCACUUCGCCAUCCCGAAGAGUAAGCCGAUGGAGCUGGGCCCGGCCCCGAUCCCCAACCUGGUGGCCGAGCUCAGCGCCGGUCCCCGGGCCAAGUAUGGCGUCUUCAGGACCACGAGCCGCAGCCCCCGACGGCCCCCGGAAAGGAUGUUCUGGGCCGCGGCCGGCCAAGGCUCCUGCCUGCCGGAGAGCAUUGGCCCAAGCUCCUACAACCCCCAGCCCAUGGGGAAGAAAGAAUUCUCCAUCCCUACAGCUUUCUGCUCCUCCUCCAAGCGGGUGGAGCGGCACUACCACCAGCUCUUUAUGGGAAACACGAACCCCGUGGGAGUCGGCCGCUACUACCUCACCGGGCCCCUGGAGCGGGAACGGGAGCGGGGCCUGCGCUAUCGCUCUCUCUACCUGUCGCCAUCCCGGCGCUACCUGAGCAACCCCAGCCGGGACUCCUACAUGCAGGAACGGAUUACCCCAGUCCACACGAGGUGGCCGGUCGGACUCUGCCCCGCCGCCCCUUCCUAAGGACAGUCAGAAUCCAGGAACCGGAUCAGCCCUGCUGCCUGCCGUGGGAGCCGGGACAACUGAACCGCUGCCCUGCCUCUGACACU